AUACUCAAAACACAUAAAAAUACCUGAAAAUAUUUAAAUAGCUGAAAAUAUUUAGGAAGAGUCUCACAAUUAGGUCAAGAUUUUACUAGAGAAGAAAAGAGUAUGAAGUUCCGUCCCCGGUUUUCAACCUCAGAUAUUCCAAAUUCUGUUUUGAGAAAUGUUUACUUUCAAUCACAGAUUCCAAAACCAGUUUACUCUAUGGAAAACGAUCUUUCACAAAAUGAACUUGUUGCAAAAUCUAAGCCAACAAGUCCAACUUUUUCAGCCAUUAGAGAUAGCAUGUUAAAUGAGUUAGUAAAAAUAAUAGUCAAAAAGGCUUUGGUUUUUCAGAACCUUUUGAAAAGAAAGAAAUAACAUUCAAAAUAAAUUUUACAAUCAUCUUCAAAUAAAUAAGGUACAAAUUUUAUUUUUAAACUGGUUUGAAGAGUAUGCUUCUUGAAAUAAUAAAAAUUUCCCUUUUUCCAAAACAGCGAAUCCCAUUAUCAAUCGCAAUAAAACUCCCGAAUGGAAAACUCUUGCUAAUGGUAAAAUUAUUCGCUCCAACCAUCCUCCUUCCCAAUGGAUAAAACUAGAUUGGUUAGGAAUGCCAAUCGAAGCAAUUCCUUUUAAACGACCUCAAGAAGAUGAUAAAGCUAACUAAAAAAUAUCAUUGUCCAAAACAAUUUUUCAAUCACUAAUCUUGGUAUGAUAAGGAAGCAACUUUAUAGGAUUGAGAAAUUAAUCCAAAAUCAAAACCCUAUUCCAAUGGAUUCUCCUUCACAAAUUUCUAAUUCAAGUGUCCAAAACCGUCUUGAUUGGCAAAACCAUCAAGAUCGUCAAUUAAUCUCUUCCCCUGAUCAAGGAAAAAUCCAACCAAUAGAGCAAUCUAGGUUUAACUCAUCAUUAGUCUAUGACUGGAAUAUUGAUGGUAUAUCUGAAUAUAAUAUAUUAAGCUUCCUCCAAAAAAUGACAAUGGCCGAAAUGCCUAUAGGACCCAAAUAAGAAAUGAGGAUAAAACCAUAGUUGAACUCCUCAUAACUGGUUUCUUUGGGACAGCUUAAAGGAUAGUGGGAUAAUUACCUGACCCAUCAGCAACAAAUAGAAAUCCAUGAUUCAAUUAAAAUGGAUGAAGAUAAUGUGCCAAUUCUAGAUAAUCUUGGAAAUCCUCAACAAGUUGAUGUUGCUACAUUAGUCAUAGCCAUAACCAUGCACUUUAUAGGAGAUCCCUCGGUCCUUAGAGAUAAAAAUGGUGAACUCCUUUCAAAUCUUAAGUGUAAAAAACUAAGUGAUUUCCAAUGGUACAAAAAUAUUUUUCUUAUUAGGGUUUUACUCCGUCAGUAUUCUAACCAACCUUUUGGAAAGAAAAAUUCCUAGUUGGCCUUCCUACUCUCAUAGGAGACAAGGUUACGAACAAAAUUAGAGAUUCCAUGGGAACCCAAAUAAUAGAUUUCACUUAUGGAGAGUUGAUCAGUAUUGUUCAACAAGGAGGUCUUAGGAUAUGCCAAGAUCUAAAACUCCAGAAACAUCAUAAAUGGGAACUUAAAAGAACAAAAGUAGAAUUAGGAUCUUUCUGUAAACAAUUUGAAAUAGACCCAAAUCAUAGUAAUAAAUCUUGUGUAGGAGAUUGCAACAAAAACUACUAUUCUAAAAAUAAGCCUAGAAAAUAUUCUAGAAACUAUAAGGGCAUGUGCAUUGAGGCAUUUAGACGAGUUCGUGGGCUCGAGUUCAUAGGCCCAAACGUGAAAAAUAAAUGAAAAAUAUGGUUUAAAUCGAUGAACCGAUCCUUCCCACUGAACCCGUAUGAUACGGGUUCAAGGCACGUGUCGCUCCUCCAGUGGCCACGCUCUAUCGCGUUUACGCGUAAGAAAACAGGGUUUCGAGAGAUCUCUCUCAUUUUCUCUUCUCUCUUCGAAAACUAGGGUUUGUCUCUCUCGGAGGCGAUUUCUCAAGCGACGCCGAUUCCCGGAGCUUUUGACGAUUAAUCGACGCCGGACUAUCUCCUCGACGAUCUCAGAUGGAUCCCGGUGAAGAUAGAAGUGAGGCAAAGAGGCAACAGCAGCACAUGAAUAUGGUGGGAUACGUGGCUGAUUCUGAGUAUGGGAUUCCGACGAGGUGUCCCUGUGGUGGGAGGAUAAUUAACGAGGUGAGGGGGAAGGACCACUACGACACUCUUCCUGGCAAGCGGUUCUUCACGUGCAUUCACUACGAGGGUGAUGGUUUACACUAUCGGCAGCCUUGGGUGAUUGGUGUCCAGGAGCAACUCGAAAUCUUGACUAAGCGUGUGGAGGAGGCUGAGCAGCUGAUCAAGUGGGUGCCGGAGCUCAAACAACAGAUUGAGGGACUGGAGGCAGAGGUUAAAGGCCUCACGGGGGUUGUUGAUCACCUGAACGCUGAGGUUUAUAACCUCACUGUGCAGGUUGGACGCUUGGAGAAGGCCUGCUUCGACUAAAAACAAAAGGUCGCGGUUGCAGGAGGUGGAUGCGUGUGGAGGUGGAUGCGUGUGGAGGUGGAUCCUUGUUCAGUCUGUUUGUAUUAUGAGGCACGGGUAGUAGUGUAGGUCUGUUUCAAUCACGGGAAAGUGUAGAUUUUGUUUGUUUCUACACUUCUCUUUCCAUAACGGCUUUAAACAAUCAUGUAUGUUUAGUUUAUUUCUUCUGUUUUGUACUCACGGGUGUAUGUACCCGAUAUGUCUCUCAAUCAUGUAUGUUUGACCCUCACGGGUGAAACCAAAAACUCUAUAUAUAACUAUGUCUUUGCUUUCUCUUUGUGCACCAAACUCUCAUUUCUCUCAUAUAUCUUUGCUUUCUCUUUGUGCAACAAACUCUUGCAAGAAGCAUAUCUCAUUGGUCACUUUGCAACAAACUCUGCUCUCCCUUGUCUUUGCCAUUCUAGUAACUUUCUCAAUUCUUUUUUUUUCUAACAUAAAUGUUCACUUUAUAACGAUAAGUAUUAAAAUUAUAACU